AUGUUCGUUCCCGGAGGAGUUGACCCUGCAAUGUUAGAGAACACGGCUAUUCUUGACCGCCCUAUGCCAUUCCGCGAGAUCGUCGACCUGUACAGCAAGUUCUUGGCGACUUGGAACGAGAGUUAUGCGGCCGAAAUCAAGGUUCCCCUGUCUAUUGGCCUCGCCGAGCGUGAUGGGCUGUGGUUUGGAACAGAAAAGGACCUUCGAGAGUAUGCGGAGGCUUUCAAUGGGAGCAAGAAAGUCGACGCUAGUCUCAUACACGGAGCACCGCACAAUCUGGAGCUUAGCUACUGGUCUCAAGGCUGGUAUGCUCGUGUUUUCGGGUUUGCAAUGGAAGUUGCGACUUCUCACGUCGUUGAAAACGACCAGGCUACGAAGAGCUGA